AGUAUAUUGAAGGUAAGAGAAAUCGCUUAGUAUCAUUUCGAUUCUUUCGCUUAUGGGAAAAUAAUAUGUAAAUCUCAUUUACUAUAUUCGCCACAGCACUUUCGUCACGACUGGCAGACCAAUCUACGCCGCCAAUUUCACUUCUUGCAUCAACAGCCUUGCAGCAUUUUGAGUCGUUUUAUUGUUUCUGUAGUUGAUUGGCAGAUAAAUAUUUGCACAACAAAUUUGUCCUGAUCACAAGCGACAAAUACAUAGGAUAGAGUUCGGCAAGAUCAUAAAACGAACUCCAGUUUCGUGACCCUUUGUUCAAGGCGUUACGCGGUAACUUGUGAAGACUGGAAUUUUUACGAAACCUUUCUCAUUUAAAUUAUCACAAAGUCCUCUUGCCCGAGCUGACGGUAAGUGAAACGUGUUUGCUUAUGUUUCUCGUUGAUUUUGGUUCGCUGUUUGCCUUCGGAAUUCCAAUUAGGUUUGUUUAGUUUCUGGUGUUAUUAUAAAGAAUAACAUUUUACCACAUGUGUUGUGUCAUAAAGCCUUCUAACAAGAACAAAUUUGUAAGGAAUCUUAUGAUCGCGGCUUUCAAAGCAAUUUGUUCAGAAUGUUUCCUUCCUUAAGUGCAAUUGGGUAUUCUUAGCGCUAAAGGUAUUUAGUAAAUCGAUUCAAGCACUUUUGGUGAAACAAAUUUGCCCAGUUGUAUAAAAUUGCUGAAAAUUGUCAGUCCUGCCAUCAAAGACAUUUCUUGUCGAGAUCUCGUGUAAUCGGUUCUUUCGUUUAUUGCAUUGAAUUUAAUUCCCUUUGCAAGCAGCGGCAAAAGAGUUAAUUACACCUAUUUCCUAGUAUAAUAGGGUCUUAAUCUGCUGAUUGGCAAAUCCUGUUUCAUCGUUGAAGGUUCGUUAGACCUCAAUGUUUUUAUGCCAUCAUCAUAUAUUACUUAGCGAAAUGUGGUAAAUGGUCUUAAAUAUAGGUUUCAAAUCCAUCUUUAAGAAAACGCGGCAGAUUUCCUUUAAAUUUACAAUAACAGUUAUGUCAUUGUCUUCGAAGCUUAACUGUUUAUGUUUUAAUAGCUCUCUAUAGAAUUUUAAAAAGUGAUUCAUGCGAAGCGACAUAAUUCCUUGACUGGGUGUUCAAACAUCUGUGUAACUAACUAUCUUUGGUGAUGUAGGCGGCAGUGUGGAUAUUGAGUCUUUACGGCCAGCUGACUCUGUUUUGCUAGUUAAGGCAAAUCGAGGCAAAAUGAUGUGAACAAAAAAUCUUUGUUUGAAAUAGUAGCUGUAUUUUUAUUCAUUGUGAUAAUCUAUACACGCUCAUCCUUUGUUCUUCACAAUCGAAAACCACAAAGGUGAAGUCAUCGUGUUAUUCUCAAUCAUGACACACUCAUCUCUCAAACCACCCACACGGAGUUAGUUAUUAGUUUCGAUUUUAUCAAGAUGUCCUAGCUCCUGCCAUUAACGUCUUUAACUGAAAAUUUUCUUAGAAGAGAUGCCUUACAUGUACAAACAUCAAGUUUUGGUGCUAAAUUUUUUUGUCUGAAGGAAUGCUAGAAGCUUGACUGACUGUCUGACUGUCUUAAAUGAUUACAUCAUAUCAAUAUGUAUUGAUCCAAAUUUCCUUGUUUCAACAGAUAAAGUUAUAUAUAGUUUUUUAGACCAACUAAAAAAGGGUUGGAGAAGCUGCAAUAGCAAGAAUCUAUCAAAACCCCUUUUGCAAAGUUCAGUCAUGUGAAAAUGGCCAUAUAUACAUCCAUAACUGUUUUAGUCCUAAUGAAAACAGUUAAGGCUCUCUUAUGGGUAUUUGCAAUGAAAUCAAAGUCGCAAUCAUGACUAUUAAUGAAACAACAAUCGUAAAGGUUAAAGCAAUGAUUAUAAACAAUUGCCAUUUUCAUUAGUGGGACAAUGAUGGCAAAGAAAUGGGCCAAAAAGUGUGCUGCACCUCUAGAAAUUUUGUUUUGCUUAUUAAACAUGUUUUAUUGUUAUUAUCAUUAUUAUCAUUACUAUUAUUAUUAUUAUUAUUUUUAUUAUUGUUAUUUCUUGCUUUGAGCACUAGCUGAUCUAAUAACAAUUUACUUGUUAAGGGAAUGAGUCACAACCAAUGGCUAAAAAGGCCCCUUAGAGUUUUCCUCCUUACUCUAGAACUCCAAUACAUUCCUUCUAUUAUUACUAUUAUUAUUAUAUAACAUAUUCUAAUGUAAUUGCUGGUGAUUUUCUCUCUCAACAUCCGAGUCCAAACCAUGGACUUUGGAAGGCAAAGAGGGUUUCUACUUGAUGGAAAGGACCCGUCUGAGAAGGUGGGCUGUAGAAAGGAGUCUUUUCUGGAGUUCAUGAAUGUUGAUAUUGCCAGGAGUUUUGUUGGUGUAGUUUUCCAUGUCCUCCUUGAUGGUACCAAGGGCUCCCAUAACCACUGGGACUGUUGUUGUUUUGAGCUCCCACAUUCGUUCAACCUCGAUUUCCAAGUCUUUGUACUGUGGUGUUGGUGUCAAGGGGUACAGCAGUCAUGUUAAUGAGAAGGCAUGUUUUGUCCUUCUUGCUCUUUAGCAUAAUGUCCGGCCUAUUAGCUGCAAUGGUUCUGUCAGUGUGGAUGGGCAUGUCCCACAGAAUCAUGAUGCUAUCCUUCUCAGUGACGGCCUUGGGUUCAUGCUCAUACCAUUGUUCCUUCACCUCAAUGCCAAACUCCUUGCAGAUCUUCCAGUGCAUGUGUGCAGCUGCCAUUUUGUGGUAGUGGAUGUAUUCAGUUUUAGCCAGCUCAGGGCAGCCAGAGACCAGAUGGUCAAUGGUCUCGUCGAAACGGCCACACAGUCUGCAUUUUGGGUCCAUGUCAGGCUUCUUGAGGAUGUUGUGUUGGUGCCAGCAUGUGGGGAGGCUUUAAUCUUGGGCUUAUUAUUAUUUAUUGUUAUUGUUAUUGUUAUUGUUAUUAUUAUUAUUAUUAUUAUUAUUAUUAUCAUUAUUUCCUUUCCAUGGUCAUCUACAUGGCUACUUAAGUUCACUCACAGCAUUACCAAGCAAAACAACUCAUAAUAUGCAACGUCUUAGUUUGAAAAACCAACGCUUUGGUGGAAAACACGUAAUGAAAACAACAUCUCCAGGUGCCCACAGAAAGGCUCACAGUCCACAAGUAUCAUACACUAGUUUUUCAAUCAUAAGUCAUGCGAAAAAGUUCUUUCAUACAUAUGCAAAUCAAGGAAAUCUGGUCCCCCAGUCAAGAGUUCAACAUUUCAUCUUUGAUGGAGACCCAUCACAGUUAAAUUAAUGCAGUGAAAAGUUUGUAAUAACUCUCUAAAAUUGAUUGAAACAAGAACUUAAAUAAGUCAAGAAAAUACGUGAAGGAAGACAUGGCCAUGAUUGUAUUGAAGAGUGACAAUAAUUACUUCAGCAUACUUGUUUUUCCAGUCGUGUUUUACAUAGAAAUUGUAUUUGCAAGCAAAUCAUGAUUUUUGCAAAAGUGGAAGAGGAGAACCUCAAAAGCAACACUAACAACAAAAAAGAUUAGAAAAGCAAUUUCAGUGGUCAAUCUGAGACAAAACUCCUGGUUGCAAGAUGCGGUCAUGUCUGCAACAAACAUUUACGUCACUAUUUUUUUAUGUCACUUAAAUCAUAUUGAUCAGCAGAAUCUCUUAGCCAAUGUUGCGUUUGAUGGUUUUCAGGCUUAAAUGAUUAUUUUAUGAAUUACCAGUAUUAUACAUUUUUAUUAUGCUGAGCCCUGGGGCUUUGAUAUUGAUUAUUUUCUUCCACUUACUAAUGAGCCAUUAUGCUGAACUAGGGGGUACAAUGUGAAGAUUAACUGAACUGGAGAGCAGGCAUCUGGAUCAAAAAUCCAGAGUUUUUCAAUUUUAUCAGAUAACAGGCUUGCCUGUUCUUUUAGGCAAAAACUCAACAAGUUUAUUCACAUCUUUCAACCCACCUACAAGUAUCAAUACAAUUCUGCAUUCCUUCCGUGCUUCAUACACAUGUGCAGCAAACUUAGUUUGGCUAAUUCAAAAAAAGUGAUAAAAUCCAGCAUCAAUACUGGUUAAGUAAUUACAAAUUAAAGACUUAUAACUUUGGCGAGAAGAUAGACUGAUUCUGUUAUUGACAUUCUGUUAUUCUUUUAUUCUGUUUGAACUAUAACCAAGCAAAUGCAGUCGCACAAAUAUGGAACCAAUAUUGUGACCAGCAUAGAGUUUUUACUUGCUGUGUAUUAUCCCAACAAAUAUUAAUAUUUUUUUUCCAGUGUAUUGUAAAACUUAGUUGCAUUUAAGUUCAGUCUUUAGGUUGUUUGGCAGGCUAGGUGUUAAUUCAUACACACAAUAAAAAUGCGAAAUAUUGUUAAUUAUGUAAACAAUAAACAGUCUGUACCAAUACAGCACUUGAAGCAUCAGCAUUCGUACGUGAUGUUUGAGUUUUAUCUUUUGAAAUCACAGUUCCCCACAUUCUGUAUUUUUUGUUUGUUUUGUAGGGCAAGGCUAUGAUAGAGGAGCAAACUACACUACAGUGUCCUGUGUGCGUCCCGGCACCUGGUCCUUCACAGGGACUAUGCCAUCUAUUGAGACUGGAAUGGCAAUGGUAUGAUUGAAGUGAUGACUGUAAAUUGCCAGAUUAGAGAUGAAAAUAGAGAAUCUCAUACAUUAAAGAAUUGGCAUUGCCAUUUGAUUGCCUAAGACUGGCUACUUUGUCGCAAUGAAAUCAGUAAAUCUGUAUCGUUUGAGUGCUGUGAAUUAAAUUUGUAAAUACUCUUUAAUUUUGCUUUGUAAAGGGGCUAGUAUCCAAUAUGCUAAUUUACUGACACAAAUAUAUGUAAUAUGUUACAGGUCAAGUUUGAUUUCAGGUGAAUUUUGAUUUAAGCUAGGUUGAUUCUCAAUUUCCUUUGUCUCCUAUCCCUCCAGGAGACAAAGGAAAUGAUAAUUAUUUUACCUGAAAUCAAAUUUAGCCUGUAACAUUUUAAAACUGUAUACAAGACUUGCCCUACUUUCUUGAAAGCUUAAUUAAGAGUAGAUUGAUCUUAGUAGACCAUAUUACAUCCUGUAUGGUUAUAGGCUUAGGAUCCAAGCCCCUGAGUAAACAUGAGGCUAGGGUUGACCUUGUUUCCAUACAAAGCUCCUUCCUUUUCUUAUGGAACUUGUGCUUAAAAAAUGCUCAGUUAUAAAAUGACAAGAAGAGCUAAGGUUCACGCCUAAGCUUGAUCAAGAAUAAUCAGGGAUAUUUAUGGGGAAAAAUUAACCCUGUUUCAAAGUCAAACUGAAGAAAAAUAUAGCCCCUUUCCAGAGAUAAGGGGUAAUUGUGAGACCCUUUUUUAGAAACAGAGAGGCAAGAAAUCUACAUAGUUGAGGGACACAUUCCCAUAUAACUAAAAUGUAGGAGUGACCACCCCCCCACCCUCAAGCCAAGCACAUCCAUCCCCCUCCCCCCUCCCGCCUCUACAUUGCUAGAUUAUCUACUUUCUAAAUUGCUUCAUGUUAUUAUGCUCAUGGAAUGUAAGGAAACUUCAGUGAUAAUACAUGAAGCCUCAUUUAUUGUUCAGUAGCACCUUUUUCCAUUCUGCGAGUGAAAAGGUCAAGAACCCAUCUUUAUAAUCCAUUUCUUUUGUCUUUGCCUACAGAAAGAGCAAAAUCAAUUUUUUGAUUUUAUUGGAAAAUUGCAGGUGAGAUAUUUUUACUUGCUGCCAAAUUAAUGUGGGUCAUGCAGAUACAUAAAUUCACACAUGCACCUGUUACUGGUGUUACAGCAAAUCUUAAAUCAGCAACUUUUCUUUGCAGAUGAGAACAAAUAAUUCCUGAAAAUGUUUUGUUGUAACAAAGAUUUUUUUGUAAAUAAGAUUCCAGGGUAAUAACUAGAAAAAACCAAGUUACAAUGUCUACUGUUUUUCUGAGAAGCAUUGAUCAAGAAGUCAGCAAUUUUGAAUAAUGAAUACAACAGGGUAGGUUCUAACAGUGUGAUUUUUUUUUCAGUCAAAUCGUAUUGAUGAACAGAGAGCUGAACUGCCUUUAUCAUUAAGAAAUUCUGCAUAUAUACCGCCACUUGUUAUUGGAAAAACAGAAAAUUGCAAGGAUACAGAAGAGGCCAGCUUACAUGUAAGUCGUAAUGCUGAGCACAGUGGAACCUGAAUAUAACAAACCUCUAUAUAACAAAGUCUUCAGUGUAACUAAUGAUAUCCUUUACACCAGUCCUUUGACCCUUCUUUAUAACGAGGUUCCACUGAAAUUUAUUAUUGUAUGUCGUAUUUCAAAAAAUGAUCACUUUUAUUUACAGAUUGCCUUUUGAUAACAAAUUUUUUGUAUUAUGCAAACCAUUGGUGUCUUUUAAUAGUCUUUUAUGAUAUGUAUAUUAAUUAGCUCAAGUAACCAUGACGGGAAAAGCAAUGGAAACAAUGUCUCCUCAGAUGUGAAUAAUAAGCACUAUUUCAAACUUCACUAUCAUUAUUCUAACUCUUUCAUUUUCUUAAAAAAUGUGAUAAUAAUGUACAACAAUAUUGUGUUUUUCUGCAAUUUAGAGUGAUAAUUCAAGAGACGAAGACGUGACUGAUCUAGAAUACGAAGAGGACGAAAUGAGGGACCUUGAUCCUGUCAAAGAGGUAUUCAUUAUGAGAAAUGGUAAACUCAUGGCUAAUUAGGUUAAUUAAGGAAUUUUUAAAAAGCACUCAUUCCCUAAUCAAUUUGCAACCUGUGUUCAUAAUCCGUAACAAUUUUAAUAGUUAGUGUUUAUUGUCUUCUUUAUGUUAAAGGGUGAUGAACUUAAUUAUUUUAUGUCAUUUUAUUAGUUUGACCUAUUACAUGAUACAUAAAAACAAAUAAUAAUCAAUACAUGUACUUAAUUAGGCAGGGAUGCCACAACAGCAGUAAGCCAGUUACAGCAUACACUCCAUUUUCUGUAUAUUCACCUCUUUCACACUAUUGUCAGAGCACUGGGGACUGCCAAUAGUGUAACGGUGCUUUCCAAAAGUCAGGGUUAGGGUUAGAUUAGUUUUUUUUUUUACUUUAACCCUUUGAGUGCCUAGUUUUUCUGUCAUAUUGCUUACGUUUUGACAUACAUACACUAAAUAACAUCUCAAAAGUUCCCUUUGAGGUAAAAGUGCCUAUAAUCGUACAUAUUUAGAAAGUAGACAUAUCAGGGUUUCAAAAUAUAUAUAUGUAUUAACUUAACAUUUCUUUGGAGAGCUGUUUGCCUCUAGCAGUCUCUUACAAUUGACACGGUCCAUUUUGUGGCCACUGAAGCACCCACUUGCUCUCUUUCUUCGAUAUUUUCUUGACCACCACACCGUGUAUCUGCACGCUCAAGCUCUGAAUUGUUGCCAGUAUCUUCGUCCAUUUAAUGGGACUAAUCUUCACCUAACCUGGAUCAUUGCUAAAAUCCGGUGCUGCGAAUAUAGUUCGAUCAACUCCAUUCGUGUCUGACGCCAUUUUUAAAGGUUAUCAUUAGCACAGCGAGGAAAUAUUGCCAAAAAGUUAGUCCAAAAUGGCGAAAAACCGAUUGAAAUGGAAUAAUACGAUAAACAAAUUCAUAUAAGAAUCAUAAAGUGUCAUUUGACAAAAAAAGGAACCUUUCGGAGCCUUUUUUAGGACAAAAUGUACACCUUAUUUGGAAGCGCGCCUAAAAGCGCGCUCAGGAUUCGAAGGGUUAACUCAUCACUUCUGUGCGUAACAAUUAAGAAUAAACUGAUAUGGUUGUGUAAUUCCGAUUACUAGUGGAAUUCUCCUCACGCCUCAACUGGUCGAGCAAGGCCAUUCUGACAUAAUGGUAAGUGCACCCUAAGUAUUCUUCAGCUUGACACAGAUUUAUCUUUGCUAUAAUCUCAGGUGUUAGCUGCAGGAGGUCCCUAUCCACUUGUGGUUCUCCCCGUUGGAGGUGAAUACUGGCUUGAAGGAAGCAAUCAUCAUGUGGUUACCAGCUUUGAUUUGAAAUCAGUUGACUGCAAGAUAGAGACAAAUGACAUACUGCAAAGCUACAGGCGAGAUUUCAUAGGAAAGGUAUGAACAGUCUACCCGCCGCUAAUCAUAGUGCUUAGGCUGUCACCAUUCUUAAGUCAUCGGUAUUAUCGUUAUCAUUAGGAUGCCGUUCAUCAUCAGUUAGAAGAUACUGUAAUCUUCAUAAUCAUAUAACAAAAUCCUCAAAUCUGAUUGGCUAUCAACUGUCCUCAUUUCAGCACAAAUAAGACAGUAUAAUAGGACAGUACAUGUCAUGUCUAGUAAAUAGCACAGUACGCACUAUCGUGUGUCCACUUGAAUGGGUUUUUCACUUUUAGUGAAAAAACUCUUGAAAUAUCCUGUGUUUUAAUUUUAGAAAAACUUAAAAUAUCACUAAGUUUGUUAUACGUUUAUGAUGGGCAACAGAACUUUGUGUCAUCCAAUACGGUCUCUAAUAUUAUAAUAGUGAUUAAACAAAUUGGACUCUCACUACGCAGUCGUCCAAUUUUGUUAAUCACUUGCAUGAUUACAGACCGAAUUGGACUCCACUCAGUCCUACAUGUUUUACAAUGUACCAUUAUUAAAAGACGUUUAUCUCAAUAGAGAAGAGAAUUGAUGACAUCAUGAAAACUAAAUUUGUGAAAUUAUGAGGUUGGUUAGCAUAUCCAGAAAGAGCAAGGUGAAAAAUUUCCACUUGCUGAAAAUCAGCAAGAUUUAAGCCCUAAUAUGCUCUGAUGACUCCAUAUAAAUCCUUCUAAAUUUUAAUAGGCCCAGAUUGCAAACAUCACAAAUUCUCCAUAAUGAUCUCCACUCUUUUCCCUGAAGAAUUAGUAGAGGUUAUAAAAAUAAGACCAAAGCAUUAAUUUUUCUCUUUAAGGAUCAUAUUAUUGAUUCUCCUAACCUUUCUAUUUGAUUGUGUACUGAUAUAUUUAGGAGAAAAUUGAUGUUGGUCAUUAACUUAGGGCUUAAUGAGAUAAUAUAAGGAGACUAGUUACAGAAAGAUGACUGAAAAAUGGAGAGGAAGGGACCAACAACAGGGAAAAGUUGAUUGUAUUCUCAUGAACAUGUUUAUGUUGUAGGAACAUUUGAACUUUAUUUGCGAUGAUGAAAAGCUUGGUCCAGUGAUUCUGUCAGUGAAACAGGAAAUCGAGAAGCUGGAUGGCUGUGAUACACAAGGAUUUAUCAGAGUUAUACUAAGGUACUGUUUAGACUGGCUUUCCUUCUUUAGGCUAUAAACAUGCAUGGUUGAUACAUGUGCAGACUGUAGUAGAUUGUGAUGCAUUAACAAAGUUUGGUGGUAUACUUGCCAGUAUGUGCUUCAGACAUUGAUAUAACUAAGCUACAUACCAAAAAAAAUUAUAAUACCAGUCAAUAUUAACUUACUAGUUGGGCUUCAUUAAUUUUUGUUAAAUAAAUAAUUCUAUUUUCUUCACUCUUAAUUUGAUAGCUUUUUUUAGUCAUUUUUAUCUCAUUCUUUUGUAUCAGAACUAUAGAAAAGACAAUUGCGGACUCACUACCCAUAGAAAAUCUAUCAGAGAAUCCAGGACCAAGAGAAAUUAUCAAGGUAUAUAAUGUUGUUUUCAAAAUGUCGACAAAUUGUCCAGGUACUGUAAGGACUAGCAUGUAAGACUUGCCAGCAUGGGUUUUUGUUUGCCUAAUGUAAAUAGCAAUAUUUUGCACCUAGAAAUGUAUGUUACCCUUGGUUUUACUGUAGUUUUCUCUCUUUUAACCUUUUAGAACCUUCAGUGGUGUUGAACCCUCUGAAUGGGUACCUCAGGGCUGUCAUUACCUCCCAUGUCCUCAAAUAUUGAGAUUUGAUAGGGAAUGGUCAAUAUAUGACGUCAUAACACAUUGCACAUGACAUCAUUUGUGAAGAAAAAAUUAAAAAGAUUUGUUGUUGGCCUUAAACGGGCCUUGUAACAUUUGACCUUAUCGCGUUACUUCCCACCAAUCACAUUACUGCUUAUAUUACAAUGGCAUACUGGAGUUUAUGAGGAAACGUUCGAUGUUAGCAGUACAACGCAAAAUAUUCAAAAUGUCAUUGCCGGAAAUCGAGUCUACAAGAAAUGGCAAACUUCGGUGAUUAUCCGGGAGAGUUGACAGCACUAGUACCUGUAGACAUCCUUUUUAUUGUGCAUUUUCCAUUAUAUAAAUCUGCAAGUUUUCCAAAAAAGUUGUUCCAUAAUAUCAAGAAUUGUUUCACAUGGUAACUCUACUAGUGAGCUCGAGCAACUGGGAUGGCGACAAAGGAAAGGAGAAAAUAAAAAAGCCACAGGUCUAAUAAGCAAAACAAAAAUGCUGGACAUACACGUACAGCACAACACACUUUUUAGCAGAUUUAUUUGCCAUCAUCACACAACUGAUGUUGUGAAACUUGAUCAGAAUGGCAAUGCAAUCAUCAUCAUUUUUAAUCUCUAAAAUCAAUUCCCUCAAUUUCCUCUUAAGUACCCAGAGAAAGUCUCAUGAUUUUCUUUUGGUUUUAACUAAAUGAAUAAGACUUACAUGGUAGUACAUCCAUCAGUGUGGUUCUUUCUCUACCGUACAUUUCAAUUUAAUGAAAUGUAUGUUGGUUUUUGGGAAAAGGGGGUUAGCUAACCAAGAGCACCUGGAGAAAAAGCUUGUGGAGCAGAGAAGAGAAUCAACAACAAACCCAAGCCAAAUACAUGUAUAAUGGCAUUGAUGGGAGGAAUAGAAACCUAGGCCACAUUGGUAGGAGUGAAGUGCUCUUGUUCCUGCAAUAUGCUUGCACGCUCCCCCAAAGAAUUCCUCCUCUAACUUGCUUCUUAUUUUUUUUCUCUGGAUGAGAAACCCAGUUUGGCCCAAACUGAAAAGAAACACUGUAUGGAGGGUUAAGCUUUAAUUUUGUAUUGCAACUGAAAGAAUGUUGUUUGAUCUUCUUUCUUUUAAGUAUCUUCUGGGAGAAGACGGAGAAAAUGUGGACCAGUUCCAAGUUUUGGCACACCCUAAGGUACAUACAUGUGUUGUGAAACAGAGAAAAAUUUGAUUCCAUUAAAACUUUAAGUAUAUUGUCAAUAAAAUGCAGGUCUUUGUAAGCAUUAAAGUAGUUUGUUAUCUGAUGAGACUGUCAUGCCAUUAACACCAUGUCCUCAAGGUAGUUAUGCAUGGUUUAGUUGUACCUUAUUUCAAAGCAAAAGUCUUGUCAUAUCAAUGUUAUGACAACAAAGUAAACCUGAUGUGCCCAUAAGAUGGAAUCAUUGUUUUCUCUUAUACAUCAUAAUAACUGGAAACAAACAACUGAAAACAAUUGAGAAAUGAAAAGUUUUUGUUUCUUUGCUUCAAGAUUUACAAUAGCUAGUACCUGGCUCUACUUAUGUAUUUAUUUAUUUAUUUAUUUUAAUUUUUUUUUAGUUUUCUGCAAACUUAGUGUUCUAUAAUCUCUGUGUGUGAAAAGAAACAUUUCAAAAUGAUGAGUAGUUUUUGUGCUUUUUGCCUUUUUUCUCCAUGGUUACAGGCCUCAGAACUGAUUGUGAAGUAUGAUGAACACAACUUAUCCCAUGCCUUCAAGUUUGGAGUGAUUUAUCAGAAAAAGGGCCAGGUAAUAUUAUUACACACAAAAAGUUCUGACACAAAGCAAAUACAAUGAACUUGUUGUAAUAAUUUAUUUAAUUUUUGACACACAGCCUGUUCUCUCAAAAUGAAAUCAACCUAGUUUGAUUUUCAAUUUUAUUGGUCUCCUCACCCUAAUUAUUCAUGAUUAUGGAUAAUUAUACAAAAAACGGAAAUUGGUGGUAUUACAUGAUUAUUAAUAAUCAUGAAUAAUAAUAGGACUUAUAGCAUCCUCGGAGACCCAGGGGCAGAUAGUGGGGGCAAGGGAAAGUCUUAACGGGCAGAAAAAUAUGGCACGAAGAAAAGUAAAGAACGGUGAGAAGAGCCCCUGGGGACAAUGUCUUACCAGACCAGUUCCUAACGGUCGCCGCCGUUCUGCCUUCUGAUUGGGCAGAAAAACACAAACGUUUUCUGGCACCAAUCAGAGGUCAGAACAGUGGCAACCGUUUGGAACUGGUCUGGUAAGACAUUGUCCCCAGGGGCUCUUGUCGCGGUUCUUUACUUUUCUUCCUGCCAUAUUUUUCUGCCCUUUAAGACUUUCCCUCACCCCCACUAUCUGCUCCUGGGUCUCCGAGGAUGGACUUAUAGGAGACAAUGAAAAAUCAAACUACUUAGUUAAAACCAUUUUCUAACCCACAAAUUCCAUUUUGAACUUUAGUGUAGAUGAAUAAGCCAGUAAAUUAUCCAGGGUUGUAUUUCUGUUUGGGUGGACCGGUAUUAGUUAUGAUCGGUUGAUGGUAUUCAAAGCAACUAUUAACAAAUGUUUAGUAACACUUGUCCACCAAAACGAAAUCAUUGUGCCAAAAGCACCCAUCACUCUUAAAAUUUCUAGAGGGGAGAAUUAGCAUUUUGUAAAGUAGGCUGUUGUUUUGAUUGCAGACAACAGAAGAAGAAUAUUUCUGUAACCGAACUCACAGUGCUGGCAUGAAUGAGUUUCUAGAGAUGAUGGGUGACCGGGUCACCCUCCAGAGUUUCAAAGGGUAAGCUUUUGUAUAAUGGUUAUAUUAAGUGCCAAGCCUGUAAUUAUCCAUUACACCCCACCCUUCCCCUCAUGACCUCAGAAAGGUUGUUGGAUAUUGUAAGAAGAGACAUUGAUGAGGGGGAGGGGGUAAAGUGCCAAAUUGGAAUUGUACUUUUCAAAAUGCUGGGAAACAAAUGGCAUCAUUGAAAAGUACUUAUUGUGAGCUUCUGAACUUAAAGGUGACGUUUACAAAUCUUCAGGGUUUUUUUUCCAAACGUUUUAUCGAGCAGUGCAUUGUCCUUUUUCUCUAUAGGAAAAUGAUAAUUUAUACCAAAAAAUUAAACUUUCAUUUUAAUUUAUCUCUUUCAGGUUUAAUGGUGGCUUAGAUGUAAAGCAUGGCCAAACAGGAGAGACGUCCAUUCAUUCAGUCUUCGAUUCCAAGUAUGAAAGUGAUCAGCUCCUUAGCCAGUUGUUUUAAAUGAAUGUCUGUUUGAUCUUGUCACACAGAAAAGAUCUUGAAUCCAAAGAGAAAAUCUCAUAAUUACUUACAAAUAUCUUUUCAAACAUGAUGUUUGCGUAAUAGAAGUAAACUUUAAUUCGCGGUGCAGUUGCUUCAAGUAUCUGUUAAACACGCAAUUAUCUGUGAAAUAGUCAUGUGGUUAGUGUCAAUACAUAACUAAAACCAGUUUAGAUAAUUAUUUCAAUGUUGCAUUUUUGUUUUCUGGUGUUUUUUUAAUUUACCCACAGAGAUUGUGUUUCUCACUUUAUUGGUUAUAUUUUCCUUAUUUAUGUUUACUGUUUUUUUUUUGUCCUCAGGGAAAUUAUGUUCCACGUUUCCACCCUUCUUCCAUUCAGUAAUGGUGAUAGUCAACAGGUAAUAAUGUGUGUUACAGUGCUGUCCCGGGGGUUUUCCCCGGAUACUAUAAGCGUGACCCCCCGGCUACUUUCAUGCAAGUCAGUGACUGAGGAAAAUCAAAGAACAUGUCUAUUUAUCUUUUCCCCCCCCCCCCCCUCCCCCCGCCCUUCAAAGUGGCCAAAGCCACAAUUCAACAAAAUUUCCAAAUUUCAGUUUGUGAAAUGUUGACUGAAAAACAAAAUUAGUAUUGCCACCUGAAAGGGGUCAUGUAGCAGCUGCUCAGAAGAGAAAUCACCAAUGAUGCCUAACCCUGACCCCAAACAAUACUGAAACAAUUGAAAGAAUGACAUGUCGUUGUUUUCUGCAACCAAUCAGGAGAGACCUUACGAGCAGCUCCUACACAACUGCCUGAAAGUUCUGCCAAGUUCUGUUUCGAUGGUGACACCAAAGGAUUUUGUCCACGUUUCAAAAGUUAGAACUACAAAACAUGAUCAGUCACUCCGACCGAAAGGGUGGGAGGAGUGUGGACUCUCCAGAUAAAUUGUAUAACUACAAACUCUCGUCUAAAUAAAAAGUAUUUUUGGUUAAGUUUGUAUUACGAGUCUCUUUCACAAUAUACAGUGUAUCUUACCAGUUUUUUUGUACGAAUUGUAGGUGCAAAGAAAGAGGCACAUUGGCAAUGAUAUUGUUGCAAUUGUUUUCCAAGUAAGUAACAGCACAGCUUCCAAUCGUAUUAGACCCUUAUACCCCAAUAUAAACACCUACAUUUUUUUUUACUUGCCUCCAUAAAUUUCUUAUAGCGUAAGCUACUUUAGGAGAAGUUGUUAAAAGAUCAACACAAAAGUUUUGGGUGGUUAUUGGCUUAAAUCUCAUGACUUCAUUUCUUGAUUAUGCCGUGAUUUUGUGAAGAGAAUUUGAUAACUGUCAUUACUAGGGCUAAGUCUUUGUGAUCACGGUGGGAAAAUUUCGGAGGGAUCAUUGUGAUAGUUACAGUAUUUAGAGGGGACGCGUUGCAGGGCCGCCUUGUGGCUGCCUAGCUCAGUUUGUUAGUAUUGCCAUGCAAUUACGUGUCCUUACCCUACAGAAUUUAAAGUUAAAGAGGAAAUUACUUGUAAAUGACAGCAUCAUAGCUUUGUCUCAAAAAAAGUGUCUCAAGCAGUAUAUCAAACGUUCCAAACAACAAAAAUGAACUUUGAAUGUCAGGUUAAGAAGUUUUCAAACAUCAAAAUUGCAGUCCGUUUGAAUCUUCUUCAAGUUUUUCCACCCGUGCCUUAUAGCGGUUAUUUUUGUGUUCUGCUCAAUACGCCAUUUCCGAGUUCCAAAAACUCUCACCUGACUUUAGAAACGAGGCUAAGAGCAAAACCUUUCUUCUGAAUACGAGUUUUGUUUACGUGAGAAUUUCCAUAUCAAUGGCCUCGCACUUAGCCUCGCUUUGAAACAGAGGCUUGGGACAACUCGGGAAUGGACUAUUCGGCGACAGCUUAUGUUGUCUGAAUUUUGGUGAAUUCUAACUCACCUCCUUUAAAGAAACAGAGAAGCCCACAUUUUAGUUGUUCCUUAUCAAAUAUAUCAUGCUUUUGAUUUCUUUCAGGAUGAAAACACGCCGUUUUCUCCGGUUUCUAUCCGAUCACAUUUUUUACACGUGUUCAUAGUGGUUCAAGUUGAAGACCCAAAUACAAGUAACACAAGAUACAAGGUAAAGAGUGAAUAAUAACAGAAGUUAUCGCGACACUUAACACCAGUUCUGUCACUGACAACACUAUUUUUGAUUUUAUUUCAGGUCUCUGUGACUGCCCGCGAAGAUGUUCCACAUUUUGGACCCAAACUCCCUAAUCCUGCCGUCUUUAAAAAGGUGUGUGCUCAUGUGAUCUCAUUUCGUUGUACCUUAAAGUUAACGUAACUACUGUCCACGAUCAAAGGGGGUUUUUGUGCUUAUUAAUUUUCUUUGUUUAAAUUUUGCCCCUUUUUCCAGUGUGAUGUUUCGCUGCUACUUUUUGUCUUAACAAAAUUACACUUGUCGACUUUAUUAACGCGAUUUCCUUCGGGAGUGAUGCACUUACUGGCUAUUCCUUUAUGCUCUUCUUGGUGUUUUCGUCUUCGUGGUAAAUGAAAUUCCUUGAAAUAAAACAAAACCUGAAUCAUUUGACCGUGAUGUAAUUUUAGCGGAGCUCUCUCGCGCGCGAAGCACGCGACGCAGAGAACCAUGGUUAACCAAAAAAUGGGGUUACCUCUGCAUCCGAGAAAUUUUAGUAAUCACGUGAACGUUCGUCCACCCUCCUGCGAGUCCUUUCGCACCACAGGCAUACCAAUCUAAAAUAACUCAAUCAACACGUAUGGCAAGCCAAAUGGCACUCGAGGUUUUUGGCGCGAAAUUGCGUGGCCACCCGGACUUUUAGGGAGAAAAAACAACAACAAUGCCGAGUUUUUUUCGACGAAGUUUUACUGUCUACACUGGCGUGGAUAACAGAGAAAAACUAGAGCGAGAGAUAACAGACAAAGGAGACGAAUUUUGUUGGAAAAACAACAUGAAAAUUUUAUAUCGGCGGUGAGAAAAUGAGAAAUGCUAGCGGUCAGCGAGGAAAAACCAGCAAGGUAAAAAUGAUUAGCAGUGAAAAAAAAAGUGAACAAGAACACAAGCAACAAAAUCUUUGGAGAGCACAUACGACCACACGACAUUUUAUUUCCAUAAAAUGUGUAACUAGAAGGUGUCACGUCGUGGUCGUACAAGAUAACGGCAAAGAAAUAUACAAAAAAGUGUGCUCCUCCUGCAAAGUUGUGUUUUUGUUGAUAAUUAGACUAUUAAUUUUUUUUGCCUGUUCUCGUUGCCGUCACCGUUUAGCAUUGCUCGAUUUUAUUUUUUGUUUGAGUAAAUUAUAAGUAUAUUAACGAGAGCUUCGCUCUUAACCCUGGCUUAAUCUAUAUGUUAUUAUGGAUAAGAAGGUAAUUAGCCCAGGUGGAAAGGAGUCUUCAUCCGACAAUAAUCAGAACUAUCAUCUUUGAUGCGUUUAAACCUUGUGUUUCUUUAAGGGCCCCGAGUUCCGCAAGUUUCUAUUAACGAAGCUAAUCAAUGCAGAGUUAGCUGCUUAUAACAGUGCCAAGUUUACUGAAUUAAGGGUGAGUACAAAUCUGCUAUAGUUUAUUUGUUAACAUCGAUUAAAAACCUCUCCCGACCGAAGCAUCAGGCAGGAUUAUCACGUCCAUGGGUACAGUUUUACGUCCGUAAUCCUAAAUAUUAGAGCCUCUAGGUACAGUUUUGCGCCAAUCGCUAACCUUAUUACGUACCGUACCAAACGGUUUGCAAAAAUUGCGACCUAAGUUUAGAACUCAUGCGCCAACCUUCGUAACUUAAUUGUUCGGUUUAUGUUUCAGGAUCGGACGCGCUCCAGUUUACUGCGAGGCUUGGCAAGUGAUUUACUAGAAAAGAACGCCCUUAUACUUGACGCAGGAUGCGAGGAGGUACUUAAAUUGAUAGUUUUUCGGUUUUUGUUACACUACUGCGUUUUCUUUUUUAGAAAACCUGAGAUAUAUAAAGUCACUUUUACACAAAGAAAUUCACUUUGUAAAAGUCGCUGUGUUUUUUGUUGCACCAGGUUGCGCCAAAGAACCGCGGUCAACUUUUCAAAUCAAUUCGAACGGCGUGGCGCGGCAGAAGCCCCAUGAGUCGCACAAUGUCCAUGAGAGAAACACCCACAACAGCUGAUGAUCCGGAUUCUGAUGAUAGUCUUCCUAAAUCCUGGGCAAAGAAGGUGAGCGGGUAAAGAUUAACUUUACAAUCCGAGGGAGUUCUCAGAUCAGUUCUCAGUUCGAGUCUUAGGGCAAAAUCCUAUGGUGUUACGAUUCAAAUGAAACCCCUUAAGCGGUACUGUCACAUAAUACUAUUUAUUUAGUAUGUAGUUCUAACUUUUGAGUCUGUGGAUGAAAUCCUAUGGUGUUACCAUUCAAAUGAAACGCCUUUAGCAGUACUUUCACAUGGUACUGUUUAUUUUGUAUGUAGUUCAAACUGUAUGUGGACAAAAUCCUAUGGUGUUACCAUUCAAACGAAACCUCUCGUAUAGUUCUUUCACGUGGUACUAUUUAUUUUCAGUAUUUUAGAAAAUAAAAUGUGGAACUUCUUUCUUUAAUUUUAAGUUAAGGUGUGGUCUUGUAUAAUGUUAGACACCUUGCAUGACCCAGUUCUUCAAAAAGUGAAUACUAAAAACGUUGUAAAUUUUUCACCGAAAAAAUUGUAUACAGUCAUAUACAUCGCCUUCAGCAGUUUGAAAUAACACGUUGUUUCUGUUAUACAGUUCUAACCAGUUUGCGUUAAUUCAGCGCCCGAUUAGGCAUAUAAUUUUAAUUAACUUUCCCUUAGGCAAAGGAAAGAAGAAAAUCUGUUCAGAGUCUGUUGGCAGCCAAGAAAUCAUCGAAGCUACCGAAAAAGUAAGUUUGAUAAUUAAACUUGAUUUAGCUCGUGUAUUCUCGCUUCUUCGACCACAAAAAGAAACUUGACUGUAAGUUCCCACUUCGAAAAAUGUUUCAGAGCCGGAUUUGGAGCUCCUUUAGUGAGCAAAACACAGUGUACCACUGGGUACAAUUUUGCUGUUCUAGUCAGGGUUAAUAUAUUCCAAUUUUCUAGGGCUGAUUUGGACGGGCUGAUACGAGAGCCAGAGUGGGCUAAAAGGGAUAUUUGAUGGCCUGUUUUGGUUCAAAUUGUGCUCAAAUGGCUUGGCGAGACACUAGGUCAUACUGCAGACCUAAAUAAGCACUUUUGGUGUUGAAACACGUCGUUUUUUAGUGAACUUCGGACCAGAGUGGUCAAAGAUUUGGGGGGGAAAUGUCGGUCCAUUUUUUCUUUGGUCACUCCAACCUAGUGGCGAUUCGUUUAAGAUUUGCCCCCUAAAGAGAUAUCACCCUAUGGUGUAGACACCUUGUUACACUUCCAACGAUUUCCUUAAGGUCAACGAUCAGAUUGGUUAAUAGAUAACCUUAUUCAGUUAUCAAACAAACUUGGUUUAUGGUAAUUGUUUUUAAACACAAGCCUUCAGGCAUGGGUAUCCUUUUUCCCUGAAUGUAUUACACGCUGGGGUAGGAUCUUUGGUUCCGAUGGGAAAAUAUAUAGCGAUCAAUGACCUCACAGCCACAGGAGAAGAAUAUCGAGGCACUUUCGUACACGACCGAUCCAGGCGGAAAUUCCGGGCAGGAAUCCAAUUGGAACCUAAAUUCCUGAAACGUGUGGAAUUUUUUUUUCCCGUUUGUUACGUUUUGGGAGAUACCGGAUUGACCGAAUGUUGCGUUUCAACAAACAAAUAAAAAUUUAGUUUAGUCUUCCCUUUUAAAAAUUUGUGUUCGUCAUAAGUAAGGCGAAUGAUGAAACAGUAAUUUUCUACCUAAUAGCUGCGCCACAAAUAUUCAAAAUGUGAGUUUAAUGUGUGAUAUUUUACGCCAUAAACUAUAUCGGUUUACGCUCAUUUCAAAAGUUCUCGCCAUUGAAGCAUUUUAGAAAAGACAAUUGAAGUCGUUCGUGGACGAUGCAGUUUGUCGUGCGUUGAAGUCCUUCACAGAAGGUUACAAUGGCAAAUGUCAAGUCAUCGAUGUGAAGAAGAGGGCAAUUCAACAAUAUUAUACUCAAAAAAGUUGUAUGGGUACAACGUUGUUGAUUUGCUUAUCAAACAUGUCGCUUUGAUCUGGAAUUUGGUCACCUCGCCACCCGGCAGACCUUCUCGCCAGAGAGACUAUCACCCUUCAACAUCCAAAAGGAAACAUCAAAGUGUUAUUGGUCCCAGGAUUAACAAUUGCAUUGAUUGUUCCAAAUCAGUGCAUUGUUGUCGUUGAAAGAACUUUGUAUUGUAUUUGUUACGGAAGAAAAGAGUUGACACGAUCUCAACAUGUCGUAACGAGAAAACCAGUAAAAUACAAAAAAAUAAUAAAUUCGCCUUUAUUUACCCUUGGUAGUAUUUAAAGCACCAAUGCUAGUAGGCCCGAGCAAAUACCUGAAACAAAUAAUUUAAGGCAUACAUAUUAAAUGGGGGAUAAGAAUCCCAACUGACCGGAGGCAAACCAGUUGGCUAUUUACAAGCGUGAUCGAGGAUUUGAACUCGGGACUACCGAGAACAAGUCGAGCUAGCUGUCAGGGGGGGGAUUUGAAUUCGUGAUCUCCGAAUAUCAAGUCCAGCGCUCUAACCGCUCGGCCGGCCACGCUGCCUCUCACUACUGAGUACAAGUGAGUUAAUGCUCAGUUUUGUUUGUGUUUUCUGUCAGGGAGAGCGCAGUCCGCUGUAAAAGUAUGGAGUCACUUACCCAAGAGCAGAACAAGAACAGUACGGUGUUUUACACUACAGCAGAAGAUUCCAGUUCAGAAUCCAACAUUUCCGAGUUGUCACGGAAUCGUGACGAGGAGACGACGUACUCAAGAAAGCAAGUGGCACGAUCUCGUACCCCAGAACCACGAAGAGAUAAGAACACCAGCGAUUUCACAACUUCGCCGCAGAUAUCACCGCGCUUGCGCAGACCCGUGGCGCUUGCGCGGUCGGUGCCAGCGUUGGGUGUUCCAGAUCGUGGCCCGAGGUCUCCUCCUCGGGUCUCCGAUUCUUCGGUCUCGUCUCGGGUGUCUUACGAGGGAAGUUCAGCUGUGGAAUACCAAGUUCGGUAUGUCGGAGGGUAUCGCUCGGGUUCCGAAGAUAACGCAGAUGAACCGAUAAGACUUUUACCGUACGAUAGAUCGCCGAUGCAUUCCCGAAGGGACAGUUUAGAAGGUCGACUAAGCGACGAUUAUUAUCAGGUAAACUCGAGUGCUUCAGAAUACUCCAUAUCGUUCACGGAGUCACCGCGCAGGUCUCGAGAUGAGAGAGUGGAGUCUCCUGUGAGCUUUAGUAGAUCACCAACCAGCUCACCGCAUCUCCGUCGAAAAGCUGUGAAUGCUCAGAACAGUCCCAAGCACCCCUCCUUCGCCGACUCGCCUCCAGUCCCUGCGCAGAAACAAAAGAAAACUGCUAUUGUUUCUCCUUUGUUGGAUAUUGCGGAUUCCAGGCCCCGCUCUGUGCCACCAGGUGUUUUUGAUCCGUCUGAUCCAGAGUCCGAGAGAGUUGAGCAGGUUAGUUCGGCAGUCACGGGAUUUCAUGGGUCUAGGAGUUGAUUUCCAAAGUCCGUGCUAACGCGCGUAAAUGAAAUAGAGGCAAUGUAUGAAAGGUCACGCGUAAAAGGAAAAGGUGAGCGAGGUUCAACUUUUACGUUAACGCGUGACCUUCCAUACAUUAUCUUUAUUCUAUUUACGCGCGUAAACUUUACCUAAGUACGCACGUCAAAUAUACGCGACAGUGGAAAUCACCUUAAUUUUUUGAAGCCGCCAAGUUUGACACCCUUAGCAAAAAGAGAGAUGAUACUAAAACGAGAAAACGAAAAAUGGGAACAUAACGUAUCUUACCCUCGUCCUAUUAGUAACUUCAUUACCAAUUUCCCAUUUUCCCACUCUUCGUUUCCUCGUUCCCGCUUCCCGUUCCCGUUCCCGUUCCUCCUGUUAGUAACAUCACCAAAAGAUGUCGACAUUGUUGUCAGACCCCAAUUUUUUUUUUACUUAUCAUAUCGUUGCCGUUCAAAUCAGACUACUUCAGCGUGCGUUUUUUCGUUUCACUUAAUAUAAACAGUAAGAUACAAUUGGAGAUUUUUUUCUCUAAUUUUUAGCAUUCGCCUUCCGUGAAAUUCAAAAGGUUGACCCUUAAGCCAAAUAUUUUUUGUGCUUGCGUCUUCGUUCAUAAAUUUCAAAUUCUGUCUUCAAAAAUAUUUAAAAAUUGACGGUAACGCCGCUAACAAGUAAGGCCCAAGUGAUUAAGUUGACUUGUUGAAAAGUAAAGUAGGUGAACAACGAUUAAAGGUUUCAAAAGCGUGCAAAUGGUGAAGGAAUUUAUUUUCGUUGCGCUAUGUUUAGAGUGACUUAGCUCAUUUGAGAAGUAUUUAUAUAAAAAAAAAUUGUGUGGUAGCAUUAUACCAUUUGUGUAGUAAAUCUCUCUUUUUCAUGUGCUUGAUAACCAUAGUAAAUCGUUAAAUCGUUUCUUCAGGUGUUUUUGGAAAGAUCAUCGUCUCUUCCCAAAUUAGAUAGUGAUAGUCUCUUAUCGACUGAGGAUUUAUCUUCCAGUGGUGAGUACUUGACAUUUAUCAAUAAUUAUUCCAUCUCACUUGACAGCAGGGUAGUUAGCUCAGUCAGUAAAGCGUUGUUCUGUGCAACGGAAUGUGGCGGGUUCCAUUCCCGGGCCGGACAAAUAUAAAACUGUGGAAGAAGGUACUGUCUGUGCCCUGUAAACCGGUAGACAUUCCGCAGUGGCUCGCAUAAAUACCUUAAAAAGUCGGUCUCGUCUCCAAAAGAUUGUGUCCUCAAUUAGUUCUUGUGUGCUAAAUAUUUGGACCCUUGAAAAUGAUUAAGAAGGUUUUGCAGUUUUUUUUAAGACAGACAGACCUGUAUUGUAAUGCCCACAAUAUUGUGUAGCCUUAGAAUUCGGAAUUCCGUGUUUGAUUAAUCCUUGUACAAUCCCCUUUGUACGGGUCAGUGAUAAUAAUUUACUGUUAAUAAACUUAAUCGUUUUUACUCAAAUAUUAUGACAGAAACAAAUAAUCUAAGUAACCUUUGCGCCGGCGCGAAAAACAUCCCGGAUGGGGGCUUCUCUUCACACAUACCAACGGUGAUCUCCGCGCCGAUCUGAAAAUCUUUCGUCGCAGUGUGAAAUGAGUAGGAGCGAGGACUGGAACCCAGUCGAGGGAAGUAAAUAUUCAGAGUUGAGGAUUGGGAUCUAGUGUACCAAACCCUCUCGGCCAACUGCUCCGGUGACGAUGAUCGAUGUGUGCGAAGGAGGUGCUCCAGUUCAUUAUCAUUGCCCUUUUAAUUCAUGUUUUUCGAAUAUGCUAUAGCUUUAGUAUGCUAAGACGUACUUAACAUUUUAUUUUGUUUGUCGUUUCUUUUUAGAAUCUUUCUCCAGGCAAAUCGAAAUGUUUAAAAACGAGAUCGCUAGACUGAAAUGCGAGAAACUCGACCUGGUCCGGCAAAACGCGGUCAGUGUAAAUCUCCCAUAGUGUUAAAAUUCUCUGUUUUUGCAUUUCCAUCAUGCCAUUUUUCUUUGCUCCCCGGCGCCGUCGUCGUUGCUAAAGCUCCAAGCUCCCUCGAGUAAAAAUUUCACUCCCUGCACAGACCUUAAAUUAUUUAAUUCAAACAUCUAAUUUGACUGUUUGAUAAGAAUUUGGGAAAUUUUCGUCAAAAUCGCCUCCUUUCAUAGGACCUCUUUUGACAAACUUUGGGAACUUUUCGCCCAAUUCAAUUGUUACCGAGUUUAACCUGACUAAAGGCUUGUGUUUUUCUUUAGUUAUUACAGCGUCAAAACCGUGACAUACAGGACCGUGCCAUGCAGCAAACAGUGGACCUGUACGAAUCUCGAUGUGAAAUCGCUCGACUGAGGUCUCUGCUCCCCAGUGAAAAUAUCCCGCCGAGGGGCCCCUCCCGUAGAGAAACCGUAACAGUGCGUGAGGCAAGUAUGGCUACCCCUAAAGGGAAUCCUUCUCGUAGAGACUUCGUAGGUGGAGUUUAUGUGAGAGAAGGAGAUGAAACGGGAAGUUCAAGGUUAUCCAAUCGAUUUACACAGCUCUAAGCUCCAGAAUGUUAAUAGAAACAGAUAGUAAAUAGCGUCUAUAUUACAUAGUUAAGUCAAGUGGAAGCAUUCUUUUUGGCGAAUCCAAAUCCGCGUUAACUUUUCUGUCGUAUGUAUUCCAUCUUCACUUUGGCAGUGACGCUCUUUUUAUUCGCCUAGUUCAGGGUGUGUACAUUCAUAACCCUUUCAGUCCCAAAAGUGGCCAAAGUCAAAAGUAAACAUUUUCCAAUUUCGCUCAGUGAAAUAUUGAACAACAAAUUGCACCAUAUGAAAGGUCACACCAUAAAAUUCCAUCCACAGACUCAAAAGUUAGAACAACAGACGAAAUAAAUAGUACUAUGUGAAAGUGCUGCUGGAGAGGUUUCACUUGAAUAGUCACACCAUAGGAUUUCAUUCACAGGCUCAAAAGUUAGAACUGCAUACUCAAUAAAUAGUUCCAUGUGAAAGUACUGCUGAAGAGGUUUCAUUUGAAUGGUAACACCAUAGAAUUUUAUCCACAGACUUAGAAGUUAGAGCCACCUUAUAUAACUUUCACUCUCCUACUCUCGGAUUGAAAGAGACAAUAUGAGUCCCCUUUUGUGCCCGUUACAGAGACGUUUAUCGGAAAAUUGGUUAGCCGAAAGGAAUGUUACCUACAUAGUCUAACAAUAAAAAAGCCAAAAAUAUGUAUAUUUUUGAUAGAUAUAAAAUUAUUUCUUACACAACAAACCUGUCUCAGGUGAUUACAGAUUUAAAAAAACGAAUACUUAAAAUUAUAUGCUUGGAGUAGUUAACACAUUCAGUGAAUUUAUAUUAAAUUCACAGUUGCCCUUCGAUUCCAGGGCUCUCUAUUACACGUCAGUGAUCUGGGCUUCACUGCGUUUUGGGCAUCCCCAUUCCCAAAACCCUAGUGAUAUGGUCAUCCGCUGUAACCCUAACCCUAACUCAAAUCGCUGUACGGUAAUAUGACAAGGGGAUGCCCAUAUCACUAGGAUUUUUGGAAUGGGGAUGCCCAAAACGCUGGGUUCCCAUAUCACUGUGACACCGGGGGACGAGUAGAAUGGAACAUUAGGAACGAGGUUGAAUGGAAUAAGGAAAAAUUUCGGUUUUCGGAAUCGCAAUGUUUGGUCUUUGGGAAUUACAAAACUUGCCGUACGAACUGUUUAGUGCAGGGGUAUUUGUGAGGGGAUAAUAGCACCACACGGAUUAGAGCUGGUAAAAAGACGAAAAAUCGAGGGGAAAGAAAACGCCAUUCGUCACUUUAGAAACGAGAGAAAACUGGACCGAGUUAACUUUCGCAAAGAUUUCUGGGACUGUUACUAGAGAAUGGCCAAUAGCAGACCGGUGCCUCCCCAGUAACAAUCCCACAAACAAUUGCAGGAAACGUUUCGACUCCAGUUCCCUACUCGUUUGUAAAGUGGCGAAUGGUACCUCUUUCCAUUUAUAUUGUGGUCUAUAUCAGCUAUAAGCAAAAAAAAAAGCAAAAAUUCGACCAGUUUCCAUAAUUGGCGUUUGUGUUAAGGAGUAAGCUCUUUGCAAGAGAAGAUCUUCGCUAAGAUCUUCCUUUUUUCAAGUUCUUGAUAGUUCGCUCCUGUUGUUCCAUUUUUUCAUUUUUAUAUGGUUUAUUCUACUGCAGGCUUGAUAAUUGGACGUUGCGUUAUCGUAUCUUUCUUUUGAAGAAAAGACAUGUUUUUCUGGUGCAGUUUUAUAUUUGACCAUAAGGUCGUCGCAUCAUUGUUCUUGUUAAAUAGCUUGUAUAUAUUUUGCAUAAUGUUUGAAGAUAAAACAAUGAAAAAACACACAGCCCCUUCCAUAUUGAGAUAUCUGUUCCUCUUUGAGUUUAAGAUGUAAUUUGAAUGAUCUAUUUCCGAUAAUUGUUGUAGUUAGAAACACGAGUAAAAUUCCAUUAUUUCAUUUAUUUUUAUUUAUUUAUUUUUUACUAAAUAGACGGAUUUGGUUAGUAUUCUCUCUUACACAAAUCUAAGGUUUAGAGCUGCCUGGAAGUUACGGCUGAAGCAUCAUAUCUGUGACAAGAGAUAUUUGAACUUGUUCCUGGUUGACAUAUAACGGGAUGAAUUUAGGUUUCUGUAAAACUACCCACCUACCCCUCCCCUAAGCUAACAUUAACACUUACUUCUCUCUUAGGGCAAAAUGUUGGCUUAGGGGAGGGGUAAGUGGGCAGUUUCCCAGAAACGUAUAAUGAUAAAAAAAUUCUGCACCUUAACCCUUCAAGCCCUAAGAGUAAACUGUAUCUGUUUUCUCUGUAACAUAUCAAAACAAGAUAAGUUUCGAGUAAACAACUUCUCCACAAUAGAACGACAGAAGUUGUAUAGAAAACAGUGUGAAAAAUUUGUACGUUGAUAGUAGGGUUUAUAAAGGGUUGAAAUUUUAAUAGCUUAACUUUUUCAUAGCCCACUGUUUACAACGAUUAUCAUUUUGGAAUGCCUAUUAUCAGUUUCCUGGGCCGGGUAGAACAUUUUGAUAUGAUCCUGCCUUGUACACAAUUAUACA